GCUUACACAGAGAGGGCUGGAUAAGACCUGCCACCUCCCACUCCUCCCCCUGUCUCUCUCUUCAGGCUCACCCUACACACAGAGUUGCUGAGAGAGGUGCAGGCAAAAGCCCUGUGUGCUGGGAAACCUUUACACCUUUUGUAGAUCCACUUUGGCUUUUCUGUUCCUUUUUGGCUGCAAUUUUCCCCCAGCUGGGAGCACAGGCCCUGGAAACAGGUUGCCUCACCUGCUGUUUCCACACCUACUGACCCUCCUCACACACUCUCUUCCUCCUUGCAAGCAGAUAUCGUCUGUAUUUUCGUUGCCAGAUGUUAAGAAGGCUUUGAUCAGGAAAGCAAAAUGAGUAUCAAUGGGGGAUCCCACACCCGGAUCAAUACCCUAGGCAGACUAACAAGAUCAGAGUCGGGCCAGGAUAUUAGCGGGAGGUAUGAUAUGAACAACUACCACAAGAUGGUGGGAGGAGGACCAGGAAUACAGCCUAUGUACACAACAACGGUCUACAGCAGUGAAACCACUGGAGACAGCUAUGGGCAAGGUGGGACCAUGGCAAGGCGCCCUAACACAGUUAAUGAUCUGAUUCAGAAUAUAUCUGCAAACUUGGGGCAAGCAGAACUAGUUAUACAGCAUGAACUUAAAUAUGGAGAUGCAAGUCAGCCAGUUCGGAACCGUGAUCUGGAUGAAUAUCUGGGAGUAGCCAACGAACAGAUCGAAAUAGUUGAUGGCUUGAUUAGGGAAAUGAGAGCUAUGGGACAGCCAUGUGAACAAUACAGUAGAAAACUCGCUCAACUUCAGGAUCAAAUGCGAGCUCUCUAUAAAGCCAUCAAUGGGCCACGAAUGCGCAAAGGAUCUAAAAGUGGAGGAUUUUCUUCACAGAGUGGAUCAGGAUGGGAUGAGCACACAAAACGGAUUACUUCAGAGACCUUGGGUCAGAUAAGGCAGCAUAGACGCCAACUGGAGAUGGUGGACUGGGGAUUUGAUGCCUCGUCCGUAGAACAGCAACUUGCCAACCAUAGGAAAUUCCACAAUGCCAUUGCUGACUAUCGAUGGGAUCUUGAUAAAAUAAAAGCUGAUGUGAGAGAAAAGGGUGCAAUUUAUCAGCUGGAAGAGGAAUACGAUUGUCUAUUGAAAGCCUCAUUUGAAAGAAUGGAUCAACUGCGUCAGCUACAAGCCGUAAUCCAAGCAACAUCCAAAGAGAUCAUGUGGAUCAAUGACCAUGAGGAAGAAGAACUUGUUUUUGACUGGAGCGACCGCAACACAGACAUCCCAAAGAAGCAAGAAUCUUUCUCUAAACUGAUGAGUGAGCUGGAGAUCAAAGAAAAGGAACUUAACAAGCUGAAGCAGGAAAGUGACCAGCUUAUCAUGAACCAGCACCCUGCAGCAGACAAAAUUGAGGCAUACAUGGAUACCCUGCAGACUCAGUGGAGUUGGAUUCUGCAAAUAACCAAAUGCAUUGAUGUCCACCUGAAAGAAAACGCUGCAUAUUUUCAAUUUUUUGAUGAAGCACAAAGCACAGAAAACUACUUGGUGAACCUCCAAGAGACCAUCCGAAAGAAAUAUAUUUCUGACAAAAGCAUGUCCCUGCAACGUGUUCUGGAUAUGACUAAAGACCUUGAGAAAGAAAAAGAGAAGAUUAAUGAAUAUAAAAGGCAGGUGCAGAGCCUGGUGAAUAAAUCCAAGAAAAUUGUACAGCUCAAACCACGUAAUCCUGACUACAAGAGAGAAAAGACUGUAGUCCUCAAGGCUUUAUGUGAUUACAAGCAAGAUCAGAAAGUUAUACACAAAGGAGAUGAGUGCAUUCUGAAGAACAAUACCCAACGUAGCAAAUGGAAUGUGACUGGUCCUGGAGGUUUGGACAUGGUGGUGCCUUCAGUCAGUUUAAUUAUUCCUCCCCCAAAUCCAUUAGCAGUGGAUCUGGCUACAAAGAUUGAACAGUUCUACGAAGCAAUCUUGGUCCUCUGGAAUCAGCUUUACAUCAACAUGAAAUCGCUGAUAUCCUGGCACUACUGCAUGAUCGAUAUAGAGAAAAUUAGGGCAAUGACUUUUGCUAAGCUUAAAACUAUGCGGCAAGAAGACUACCAAAAGGUGGUUACAGACUUGGAAAUUCAUUAUCAGGAGUUCUUGAGAAACAGUCAAGGUUCAAACAUGUUUGGAGAUGAAGACAAAAGGAAAAUGCAGUCUCAGUUCUCAGAAGCACAGAAACACUAUCAGACUUUGGUUGUGCAGCUCCCAAGUCAAUCGACCACAGUAACUGAAAGGAAGAUGGUUCAGCAAAAUGCUACCCCCAUAACUAAAGAAGUUGUGAAAAAUGUCUCAUCUUCCAUGGUGGAAGUGGACAGCAAGCAGAUAGAUCGUGACAGGGAGAAACAAGAGAACUGGCUGUUGCUUGAGCUGCAGAGGAUCCGUAAACAGCUGGAAGGCUAUGAGAUAAGGCUGGUGAGAAACAACAUCUAUAAUGUGGACCAAGAAACUGCUAAAGAUUUUCCACGCAGAAUAAGUGAAAUUGAGACCCUAAAAGGAGAAGGACAGGGAAUAGCUACACAAAUCAGUAAAAUUAAAGAGAUGAUAUUGAGUCUAAAGGAAUCUGAUAAGUCUUCAUACCUACAGUCAGAGCUCAGUUUCCUCUUAAAGAAGAUGGAAAAUGUUAAUGGUUUCUCAGCCGAUCAUUUAGAAAGGCUUCAGUCACUGAGGUUGCUGCUCCAAAGUAUCCUACAAAUUGAGGAUCUGAUCAAAGUUUAUGAAGUGAGGCUGACUGAGGAGGAAACAAUUUCCCUUGAUCCAGCAAAAGUUGAAGCAUACAGGGGUACUUUAAAAAAAAUGAAGAUGGAGCUGGAACAAAAAAAGGGCAUGCUGAAGACACUAGAUUCUGAGCUGAAGAGCACCCUACAAAUAAAUGACCGUGUUAACCAGGCAUAUCCCUUUUAUGGCCUGGACAUGUCAAAAUUCUGGAACAAAGGAAACCAACUGAUAGAAAGGUCACAAAGAAUAGAGAAGGAGAUUGAUGACAGGUUGUGGGAAUUAGAGAAACAAAGCAAGCAAAUAAAGAAUUACAAAGACGUUUCGCAAGUGUUAAGCAAGUGGAUAAGUGAUACAAAGCACAAGCAAGAUUCCCUAGAAUCCAUCAAACUGUCAGAUGCGACCACUGUUUCAAGAUGCAUAAGUGAUCAAAAGGCUUUGAAUGCUGAAAUUCAGGGCAAAAGAGAUAAAGUGGAAGACGUUGUAAAGACUGCAGACAUAUGUGCAUCAGGAAUUAAGGAUUACGAACUCCAGUUAGCAUCCUAUAGCUCUGGUUUGGAAACACUACUCAAUAUCCCCAUCAAAAGGACAAUGGUGCAGUCCCCUUCAGGAGUCAUAACGCAAGAGUCUGCUGAGAUUCAAGCACGUUACAUUGAGCUUCUUACCAGGGGAAACGAUUACUAUAGACUUCUGCAUGAAACAUCAAAGAGCCUUGAAGACCUAAAGAUGAAAAAUACGAGAAUUGAACUUCUAGAAGAGGAGUUGCGACUUGCAAGAGAUGCAAAUUCAGACAAUUCCCAGAAAAAUAAAUUUCUUGAUCAAAAUCUUCAAAAGUAUCAAAUCGAAUGUAAUGAAUUUAAGUCCAGAAUACUCUUGCUAGAGGAUAUGAAGAGAAAAUCAGAAAUGGAUGGCAAUUCUGCCAAACAGAAUUUAGAAAAAUACUACAGCCAGAUAACUGAGCUUAAUGACAAAAUAACUAGAUUAACAUAUGAAAUUGAUGAUGAAAAAAGAAGGAGAAAGGCAUUGGAAGACAGGUGUGACCAGCAAAAAAAUGAAUUUGACCAAAUGCAGAAGAAAAAACAAAAUGACCUGGAUUCUCUGAACAGACAAAAGCUAGAGACUGAAAAGAUUUUCAAGGAGAAGGAGUACGAAAUAGAGAGAUUGAAGAUUCUUCUUCAGGAUGAGGGCCAGAGGAAGCGGGAGUAUGAGAAUGAGCUAUCAAAGGUAAGGAAGCAGUAUAAUGACGAAAUCAGUAGUUUGAGGACCAAGUAUGAAUCAGAAAUAACCAUUACGAAGACAACAAUUCAGCAGAUAUCUGCACAGAAGGAAGAGGACACAUAUGACCUUAAAGCCCAGCUGGAGAAACUUGCUCGGGAGAAUAGAGACCUGCUAAAAGAAAUUACAAGACUGAAUGAUGCUAUAGUUCAAAUAAAUGAGCAACGUAGAAAGACAGAAGAAGAGGUCUGCCAGCACAAAGCAUCUGGUUCUGAACUAUCCCAGAGAAAGCAGCAUUUAGAAACUGAGUUACAAAAGUUAAUUAAUAUCCACUCAGAAGAUACUACAAGAUAUAAGAUAUCUCUAGAAGAAGCUGCAAGGACAAUACAGGAGAGAAAUAGCGAGGUUGAAACAUUGAAGUACCAACUACAAGAAGAGGCUGCACGCCAGAGGCAUUAUGAAAAUGAACUCGCUAAGGUAAGGAACAAUUAUGAUGAACAGUUUAUAAAUCUGAAAAACAAGUAUGAGACAGAAAUAAACAUCACAAAAACCACAAUCCAAGAAAUAACUGUUCAAAAAGAAGAUAAUAUCAAUGACUUCAGAAAACAGAUUGAUAAUUUAUCAAGAGAAAAAAGAGAUUAUUUGGCAGAAAUCGAUAGACUGAAAACUACUAUAUCACAAAUGACAAAUAAUCUCAGGAAAACAGAAGAUGAUGUCCACCAGCAGAAAUCCUACACAUCUGAGAUAUCUCGGAAAAAACAACAGAUGGAGAUUGAGCUCCGACAUAUCAAUGAUCUUAAAAACGAACAAGAGCAAAAGUCAAAAAAAUCACUGGAGGAUGCUGCCAAAACUAUUCAGGAUCGUAACAAGGAAAUCGAGAGACUGAAAAAGAUCAUAGAAGUUGAAACUGAGCAAAGAAAAAAAUUGGAAGAUGACCAUGUCAAAUUGCAGAGAACACAGUUUGAUUUGCAGAAAGUCAACAGCAGUGCCACAGAGACCAUAAACAAACUGAAAAUUCAGGAGCAAGAUUUCAUAAGACUUAAAGCAGAUCAUGAAAAAUUAUCUCUAAAAGAUCAAGACAAACAAAGUGAAAUUUUCAGACUUCAAGGCAACUUGAAAGAAUUGCAAACACAAAAACUGAAAUUUGAAGAGGAGAUCAGCAGACAAAAGAGAAUUGCAACAGACGAACAUACAACUAAUAAGAAAUUAGAAGAUGAGCUGGAAAGCUUGAGAAGAACCAGCAGUGAACAAUUGAAAAAGAUCACACACCUAACACAGCAAAUUGAACAAAUUACUGUUGUCAAAAAGCAAACUGAAGAUGAUCUGAGACUGCAGAGGGAAUCUUUAGAUGGUCAACUUAGGGACAAACAGAGAAAUAUUGAUGAGCUGAGCAAAUUGGUGGCUGAGGUGGAAAGUCUACGUCGACAGCUACACGUAGAACAAGAAAACUUAAGGCAGGCUCAUGGGCGCAAUGAACAUUUGCAAAAGACAAUCGAAGAGCGAAACAAAAGCCUAAAUGAAUGUAAAAUAGAGAUAGAAAGGCUUCAGUCAAUAACAGAAAAUCUGACAAAAGAACACUUAAGGCUAGAAGAAGAGCUGAGAUACUUAAGACUGGAAUACGAUGAGGUCAAGAAAAGUAAAAACGAGGUGGAUGGUGAAAAAACAGCAACUAUUACAGAAUUAAAGAACCAGCUGCAAACAAGCAACAAACGCUCAUUGGAGCUACAGGGCCUGAUAAAUGAGUUACAGAAAGAGAGACAAAAUUUGAGACAGGAAAUUGAAAAAUUCCAAAAGCAAGCACUAGAGGCAUCCAGUAAGAUACAUGAAUCCAGUAGCAAGUGGUCUGAAAUUGUGCAAGAAAAGGAAAGCCUUCUCACGAAAAUAAAGCUUCUCGAACAAGAUAAAAUAAGACUGCAGAGGCUAGAAGAAGAACUUAACCGAGCCAAGGCAGCAUUAGAUUCUGAAAUUCGAAAUAAGCAGCGUCUGGAGGAAGAAAAGAACCAAAUCCGAAAUGAUUUUAACCAGUGGAAGAGUCAGUUUACUCGGAAAGAAGAUGAUGUUAAGAGAAUAGAAAUCGAUCUUGAGAGAUGUGGAAGAGACAAACUUGGACUAAAAAGUGAAAUAGAGAGGCUACAGGCAGAGAUAAGGUCCAUUGAAGAAAGGUACAGGCGUAAAUUAGAUGAUGCCAACAGGACAUGCCAAUCAGAAAUGAAAUCACAACGACUAGCGCUAGAAAGUGAAUUAGAAAAUCUUAAGAGACGUCCACUUGGGUCAGUUAAGCAAACUCAGACAGAUGAAGAUAUGUCAAUUGAUCCUUCUAAAUUUUUAUUUGAUGGGCUACGGAAAAAGGUUACAGCACAUCAGUUGCUUGAGUGUCAAAUAAUAACUAAAGCGACAUUUGAAAAAUUAAUAAAGGGGCAAAAAUCCCUUGAAGAGGUUGCUGCAGAGGUAGAGCCCUAUCUGAAAGGUGCUGGGGCAAUAGCUGGAGUAUCUGUUACACCAAAAGAAAAAUAUUCACUAGUGGAAGCCAAGCGAAAAAAACUAAUUUCACCAGAAAGCACAGUGAUGCUUCUCCAGGCCCAAGCAGCAACAGGAGGAAUAAUUGAUAUUGGAAAAAAUGAAAAGCUAACAGCAGAUCAUGCCCUGGCCAGAGAUCUUAUAGAGUACUCUGAUAAAGAGGCAAUUUAUACUGCAGAAAAAGCUAUAACUGGCUUUAAAGAUCCAUUCUCAGGAAAAAUUGUUGGUGUUGGGGAAGCCAUUAAGAAAAACUUGAUUUCACAGAGUGAUGGCAUUCGUCUUCUAGAAGCACAGGUAGCCGCAGGAGGCAUUGUAGAUCCAUUAAUCAGUGUCUACAUACCAGUGGAUGUUGCUCUAUCUCGUGGCCUGAUUGAUCAAAAUCUAUACAAAAUCUUAAAUGAUCUCAGCGAUGACGUAAAGAAUUUUAUUGAUCCAGUCACUAAGAAAAAUAUCAGUUAUGUACAGCUUAGAAAAAAAUGCAGAGUUGAACCUCAUACAGGAUUUUUAUUGUUACCUGUAAUGAAGAAAAGUCUUUCAUUCCAGGGUAUAAGACACCAGGUUCCAGUGGAUGAAUUAGUUCAAUCUGGAAUUAUACGUGCUGAUACAGUGGAUCAACUGGAAUCUGGCCAGAUAACUAUGGAGGAAGUCAGUGAGCGCAUUAAAGACUUUCUUCAGGGCUCCAGUUGUAUUGCUGGCAUUUACAAUGAAGCCACAAAAGAAAAACUAGGAUUAUGUGAUGCAAUGAACAAAGGCCUGCUGAGGCGUGGGACAACACUUGAACUUCUAGAAGCCCAAGCAGCAACUGGGUUCAUUGUUGAUCCUGUAAAUAAUCUGAGACUUCCAGUGGAAGAAGCACACAGGAGAGGGCUUGUUGCACAUGAAUUCAAGGAUAAGUUAUUAUCUGCCGAAAGAGCUGUCACUGGGUACAAAGAUCCAGAAACAGGCAAUAUCAUAUCUUUGUUUCAGGCUAUGAAGAAAGAACUGAUUGAGAAAGGCCAUGGCAUUCGCUUGUUGGAAGCUCAAAUUGCCACAGGUGGAAUUAUUGAUCCCAAAGAAAGCCAUCGUUUGCCAGUUGAUGCUGCAUAUAAACGAGGUUUUUUUAACCAAGAGAUGAAUGAAAUUCUUUCAAAUCCUGAUGAUGAUACCAAGGGCUUUUUUGAUCCUAAUACAGAAGAAAAUUUGACAUACCUGCAACUAAAAGAUAGGUGCAUUGUGGAUGAAAAAACAAAUCUUUGUUUGUUGCCUUUGAAAGAGAAGAAGAAGGCAGUUCAAACAUCCCAAAAGAAUACUUUGAGAAAACGCAGAGUUGUCAUAGUAGAUCCAGAUACUAAUAGAGAAAUGACUGUGCAAGAAGCUUACAAAAAAGGUCUCAUCGAUUACAAUACCUACAUUGAACUUUCUGGACAGGAAUGUGAAUGGGAGGAAAUAACCAUUACAGGAUCAGAUGGCUCUUCAAGAAUUGUCCUUGUUGAUCGAAAAUCAGGAAACCAGUAUGAUGUUCAAGAAGCAAUAGAAAAGGGCUUGAUCAACAGAUCUCAACUUGAUCAAUAUCGUGCUGGUUCCUUAAGCCUUACUCAAUUUGCAGAUAUGAUCUCCAAUAUAAAUCUCAGUGAUGAUGUGCUAGUUUCUUCAAGACAUGAUUCAUUAUCUUCUCCAAGGCUUCGUACCAGUUCAUGGUCAAAAAGUGGCUCAUAUUCAGAUACGUUAGAAGAGACAAGCCCCAUUGCAGCCAUAUUUGAUACAGAAAAUAUUGAAAAAAUCUCUAUAUCAGAGGGUAUUAAUCGUGGAAUUGUUGACACAAUUACUGGACAGCGCUUGCUAGAAGCACAGGCUUGUACAGGAGGUAUUAUUAACCCUGCCACAGGCCAGAGAUUGUCCCUUCAAGAUGCUGUUACACAAGGCAUAAUAGAUCAUGAUAUGUCAUCAAGAUUAAAACAAGCUCAAAAAGCCUACUACGGAUUUGAUGGAAUCAGAGGGCAGACAAAAUUGUCUGCAGCAGAAGCAAUGAAGGUUAACUGGCUGCCUUAUGAAGCUGGGCAACGCUUCCUUGAGUUUCAGUACAUAACAGGUGGUCUAGUUGAUCCAGAUACACAAGGAAGGCUGUCCACAGAGGAAGCCAUCAGAAAAGGCAUGAUCGAUGGCCGAGCAGCUCAGAAACUUCGAGAUGUAAACAGCUAUCCUAAGAUUUUGACCUGUCCCAAGACAAAACUAAAAAUCUCUUACAAAGAAGCAGUUGAUAAAUCUAUGGUUGAAGACAAAACAAGCUUGCGGAUGUUGGAGGCAGCUUCAGUUUCUUCUAAAGGGAUUAGCAGUCCAUAUAAUAUGUCCUCUGCCCCAGGAUCACGUUCAGGAUCUCGAUCUGGUUCUCGAAGUGGAUCACGAAGAGGGAGCUUUGAUGCUUCUUCUGGCUCAUCGUCUGUGUCUUACAGUUUUUCUCAAAAUAUUUUUAGUAGCAGUUCUUCAGGAGGAAUUUAGUGGUUAAUGGGCUUGAAUAUUAUCUUUUUGUCUGAAUACAGGAAGGGAAAUUGCUUUACUUUUUAUCUUUUCUGUUAAAUGUAUGGAAGAUGCUUUUAGCAGCACAGGGCUCUAAUGGUUUUCUCUAGACCCUUCAAAACUGGAUUUGUUAAAUAUAUUAUUUUUAGAGGUGUCUUUGUAUUCUGGCAUGAACUUGCUGUAUCUUUUCUAUAUGUUGAUCCAGUAUGGUUUUAAAAUACUCCUGUACGAUCAAUGUAAAAUUUAGAUGUUAGUUUUGUAAUGCAAGUUUGAAUUUCAAAUGUAUUUAGAAUAACUGCAUUAUCUUGUACAAAGACUCUAUUAGAUAACAAAGAAUAUCAUGAUCACUGUGCCAGAUGUAAUGCCUGAUGGGGUCCUAAUUUAUCCAUCCAACUUCAUUAGCUGCAGGACCUAAGAGCUGGACCUAAGAGCUUCACCCAGAUCUCAUGAAAACUGAACCUAUAAAGGAAGGGGUGUACUCAAGCUGGGAAGCAAAGUCCAGUCUGCAGCCUCACUGUUUCUCUUUAUAACAUAAUAAUAUAGUUUGACUAUAUACAGCGGGUACUGACCUUUUUUGAUUAGAAUGAUUUUGAACUGUUUUUGAAGGGUAAUUCAAGCCCUUUCACAAAAUAAUAGUUUAAGCUGAUAGUAUUAAGACAGAGGUCAGCGUUAUUGAAUUCUCAUACAGUUAUGCUUAUCCUUACUGAUUAUAUGGGCUGCUUGGUAACCUGGUCUACCAGAUCAGUGAUAUCAAACGCAUGUGCAACAGUUACUGGCUGCCCAGGUCAGGCAUUGUCUCUUAAUAAUGUCUGUCUGUGCCAUUAUUCUACUAGGGCUUUAUCACUAUUUUUACCAUUUUACUGCAAGGUUGUAUGCUUUCCCUGUGGUGUCUCUGGCAGUUACAUAUAUUUUUGUACUCUUGUAGCGUGUUUGUUAUUUGUCAUGCUGGCAAUAAACUUUAUACCAUUUGAA